AUUUCAGUGCCAGAUCAUGAACGAUCCAAGGUGAACCUUGGCAACUUCAGGGAGUUACUAAUGGAAGCUGGAGAAGAGAAAUCAAAGAAACCAGAAAAUAAGGAACGUGAAUUCCCGUAUCUGGCGAGCAAACUUCCUCAGUCGACGCUGAAGAACUUCGACUGGUUCGAGGAGAGACGCAUUUUUAAGAAACUCUGUCGAGGAGAUCCUAUGCCACACGCGCCUCAAAGCCCAGAGAGACUCAGGUGUUACUACAAGACAGGCCAUCCUCUUUGUACCAUUAAACGGUGUCCCAUUGAGGUGGUCUUUACAAACCCGGACAUCAUGAUCCUGCGCAAUAUAAUGAGUGAUGCUGAAAUCGACAAAGUUAUAAAGAUAUCAAAACCUUUGCUCAGUAGAGCAACUGUUCAUAACCCAAUAACGGGACAGCUGGAGUUUGCACACUACAGGAUAAGCAAAAAGUACGUAAGUUAAAAAAUAUAUAUCAGUUAAAUCAGUAACUAAAAGUUUUCUUUUAAAAAAUCAUUUUUUUAUAAGUAAAAGAAAAGCGAG